AUGAGAUUGAAGUACUAAUUGGCUUGUACAGACCGUAAAAUAAAGAAAAAGAGACUAGAAAAUAUCAAUAUAAAAAAUAAAACUGAAUAAGGUCUUAGAAGGUUAGAAUAGGUCCAUAUAGUUAGAAUCAGCAUGCUCAUUCCAUAAUAGGAGAGUUGUGCUAGAUUCAUAGACAUAGUAAAAGAAUAUGAAGAUGAAAAAACAGAUCUACUGAAUUAUUUACAAAUAAGAAAAUACUCUUUUUAAUAAUACUUUUUCAUCAAAUUAAUAAUUCCUAUAGAAAUAUACUACUACUAAACCGGAGGCUUGCUUGAGCAGUUUUAUUACUUAGCAUAAUCAGUCAAAAAGCUCUGUUAGUUGCAAGAGAGCAUUUGGAUGUUAAUUUCCAGAAAUGGAAUCAAGAAGACAAAUUGA